CUCCCCGGAAAAGGCGGGGGCAGAUCCCGCGUGUCGCUCCCCGGCCCGGAGCCGCUGUCCCCCGGUUCCGCCGCGAUGCCCAAGGCCCGGCGGGCGCGGGGCUCCGGCCCGGCCCCGGCGCUGCCCUUGGCCGAGCAGAUCCUGCAGGACGCGGCCCCGCGGGUGCGGGCGCGGGAGAAGCGCGGGGGCCCCGGCGGGGCGGAGGAGCCGGGCGGGGAUGGCGGCGGCUUCGUGGACGCGCGGCUGUCCCGGCGCAUCCUGGAGCAGGCGCGGCGGCAGCAGGAGGAGCUGGAGGCCGAGCACGGCCCCGGAGCGCCCGCGGCCCCCCGGCAGCGCAGCGCGGUUCUCGGUCCCGGCUCGGACUCGGAGGAUGAUGAGGAAUGGCCCUCGCUGGAGAAGGCGGCGGCGGCCGCGGGACGGAGCGGGGACUACGGCGGGGAGGUGGAGGUGGACCCCGAGGACGAGAAAGCCAUCGAGAUGUUCAUGAACAAGAACCCGCCGCUGAGGCGCACGCUGGCCGAUAUCAUCAUGGAGAAGAUCACGGAGAAGCAGACGGAGGUGGAGACGGCGCUGUCGGAGCUCUCGGGCUGCCCCAUGCCCCAGCUUGACCCCCGUGUCCUGGAGGUCUACAGGGGUGUCAGGGAGGUGCUGUCCAAGUACAGGAGUGGGAAGCUCCCCAAGGCGUUCAAAAUCAUUCCUGCCUUGUCCAACUGGGAGCAGAUCCUCUACAUCACUGAGCCAGAGGCGUGGACAGCUGCUGCCAUGUACCAGGCCACCAGGAUAUUUUCCUCCAACCUGAAGGAGAGGAUGGCCCAGAGGUUCUACAACCUGGUGCUGCUGCCGCGGAUCCGGGACGACAUCGCCGAGUACAAGCGGCUCAACUUCCACCUGUACAUGGCUCUGAAGAAGGCUCUGUUCAAGCCAGCAGCCUGGUUCAAGGGGAUCCUCAUCCCGCUCUGUGAGUCGGGCACCUGCACGCUCAGGGAGGCCAUCAUCAUCGGCAGCAUCCUCACCAAGUGCUCCAUCCCCGUCCUGCACUCCAGCGCGGCGCUGCUGAAGCUGGCCGAGAUGCAGUACAGCGGUGCCAACAGCAUCUUCCUGCGCCUGCUCAUCGACAAGAAGUACGCGCUGCCCUUCCGCGUGCUCGACGCCCUGGUCUUCCACUUCCUGGCCUUCCGCUCGGAGCAGCGGCUCCUGCCCGUGCUGUGGCACCAGAGCCUGCUGGCCCUGGCGCAGCGCUACAAGGAGGACCUGUCCUCGGAGCAGAAGGAGGCCCUGCUGGAGCUGCUCAAGUUCCACAGCCACCCCCAGAUCUCGCCCGAGAUCCGCCGGGAGCUGAUGAACUCCGGGACGAGGGACGUGGAAGGGGAGCAGCCGGUGGCCAUGGAGUGAGCAGGGAAGGGCUGGAGCCUGGGGUGCUGCUGGGUGCUGCUGGGAGCUGGAUCAGAGCAUCCCUCCUGGAUCAGAGCAUCCCUCCUGGAUCAGAGCAUCUCAUCUGGAUCAGAGCAUCCCUCCUGGAUCCUGGAUUAGAGCAUCCCUCCUGAAUCCUGGAUCAGAGCAUCCCUCCUGGAUCCUGGAUUAGAGCAUCUUUCCUGGAUCCUGGAUCAGAGCAUCUCUCCUGGAUCCUGGAUCAGAGCAUCCCUCCUGGAUCCUGGAUUAGAGCAUCUUUCCUGGAUCCUGGAUCAGAGCAUCCCUCCUGGAUCCUGCUGCUCAGAGAGGUCACUGGGGACAGGCUGUGCCCACAGAGCUGGACUGAGCCCUGUGCUGCUGUCACUGCCACCCAGGAGCCCGGUGCCACCAGCACGGGGACACUUUGGCUUGUUCCUGUACUUGGAAAUAAAACCAGAGCUGUCAGUGA